UGGAAGAGGAACUCAAGUUUUCGGUUGAGAAACGGGCUGGAAAACGCCCUGUCUGUUUUCCUUGAAAACCUGCGUACAACUAGGUUCGCAAAAUGUAAUUUCCAGAUAAAGCAUUACUGAGACUAUAUUACCCUGUUUCCCCGAAAAUAAGACCUAACCUGAAAAUAAGCCCUAAUGCGUUUUUUGGAGCAAAAAUGAAUAUAAGACCCUGUCUCAUUUUCGGGGAAACACGGUAGCUCCUGAUCAGAUAUGGCAACAACAGAGGAGAAAGAAAAGGCGUUCCAAGGGCGAGCAGUUCCUUUGCCUAGAUGGAGAUGAUGCCGGGCUCAGAUCAAAGCGUCUCCAGGGCCAUGGCGAACCUCACCCUCCUGCUGCCGUUGCUGAACUCCAGCGCCAACGCCUCCGACGCCGACUGCAGCGAGGAAGAGCAGCCGUACAAGUGCCAGUUUCACGAGGACUUCAAGUACAUCCUCUUGCCCGUCUCCUACAGCAUCGUCUUUGUGGUGGGCCUCUGCCUCAACCUCCUGGCUCUUUACAUCUUCAUCUUCCGGAUCAAGACCUGGAAUGCCUCCACCACCUACAUGUUUCACCUUGCUGUGUCCGACACCCUCUAUGUGGUCUCGCUGCCCUUCCUGGUCUAUUACUACGCCAUGGAGGACAACUGGCCCUUCAGCGUCGGCUUGUGCAAGAUUGUCCGCUUCCUCUUUUACACCAACCUCUACUGCAGCAUCCUUUUCCUCCUGUGUAUCAGCGGCCACCGAUUCAUGGGCGUCUGCCUCCCGCUGAAAUCCUUGGAGUGGGGCCAGGUGCGCUACGCCCGUUGGGUGUCGGCCAUCGUCUGGGUGGUGGUCAUCAUCUGUCAGUCCCCCGUCCUGUAUUUUGUCACCACCAGCCAGCGUUGCGAGAAGAUCACCUGUCACGACACGUCGGCGAAAGAACUCUUCGGCCAGUUCAUCAUCUAUAGUUCCGUCAUGCUGGUCCUCCUCUUCUGCAUCCCUUUUUUGCUCAUCAUCGUGUGCUACUGCUUGAUGGCCCGUAAGCUGCUUCAGCCCACCCGGGGCACCACCCGCAUGUCCAGCUCCAAGAAGAAGUCCAUCAAGAUGAUCAUCAUCGUCUUGGUGGUCUUCAGCGUCUGCUUCCUGCCCUUCCACGUCACCCGCACCUUGUAUUACUCCUUCCGCAAUUGGGACUUGAGCUGCCCCAUCCUCAACGCCAUCAACUUGGCCUACAAAGUCACCCGGCCAUUGGCGAGCACCAACAGUUGCCUGGACCCGAUCUUGUACUUUCUGGCAGGGCAAAAAUUUGUGAAAUUUGCCUGCCCACAAACGGCCAAAGAAGGAAACCGGUCGGCUACCGACAGCACACCCAAUGGCCAGUUGCGGGCUGGGAACCAUUUAGCUAUGAAAGCGAAAAGCCUGGUGUCUUAGCCGGAGACAUUUCUGACUUCAGCAGUCUGCAAAAGUAUUACACCCCCCCCCCAUAAACAUAGGUAGGAUCUUCAUGUCAUAAGAAGGAACAUCUAUGUACUCGCCUUCUGAGACAGUAGACGUGUGUCAGCAGGAAAUGGUACAAAAUGUGUGUGUGAGCACAUUCUUUUUCCAGUGCAUUUUUUUGGGGGGGGGAAUCUAUUUACUAUCAUCUAGCAUGUGGUUCAAGCCAGCAUGCUGGAGACAGCACCAUGGGGAGAAAAUAUUAUGAUUGUCAAAGGAGCCUCUGGAGGGUAGUUCAGAAAGCAUUUCACCAGAAGCUGGGACAAAACCGAUGCAGUGUGAGGCAGUACGGUAGAGUGGAAGGAGCCCCAUGCUUCGUUUACGCAAACAGUGCCUUGCAUGGCGAGAUUUUCCUGGCACUUGUCCCAUUUUCGUUUGGAUGCCAGGUGAUGGGCGGAGCGGGUCGUAUCAGAGAGGGGAGACGUUUUAGGGGCAACACCUUCCAGGGGCGGACAGCGAGCCUGCCCCCUUGCCAUGGGACGGCUGCGUGAUUCUAGGAUCUGUGUUCCAAAAAGAGAAGAAACACGGCCGAUCUCUGG